UGAAAAUUAUUUUAGUUACUAGAAAUAUUUUUGAUCAAAUCUUGCAUAAUAAUAGAUUUCACUACAUACAUUAGGGGAAAUUUUUAUUUGUUUAUUUUUCAACGUAUGUUUUAAUGUCUUUAUUUAGUGUUUUAUUUAUUUAUACAGUCACCAAAUGCAAGUGCCUCUAGGAAAGUUUAACACGUUUGCCCUGAAACGUGAGACCACUGUCGUCACAGGAUUUUACACAGAAAUGGUGAAAGUAUAUUGGGCAAGACAGUGACUGCCAAACACAGCUCAGACAGAACAGCGCGCGCUGAAAUACUAUCAAGGACGCAGGAGGAACAGGGUCACGCAGGAGUCAUACGGUGCAUGCAUUGAGCUCAAAUCUGCGCAGUCUGCAGGAACACAAAAAACAUCGCAAUUAAGGAUUUAAGAACAGUAUGCACAGUAAAGAUGCACCUUGCGAAUGCAAACAUUUUCAGGGCUGGUGUCAAUUUUGACCGUGUUUCUGUGGCUGGGUGGAAACCUGGUCUCACCCCUCCGACCCAUCUGUGACCUGAGGGUUCUGGACCACUUUGUACGAGAAGCUCGAGAUUCUGAGGUCAUCAUGCGAGGUUGCAGAGGAGGCUGUGGCGUGAUGAAAUCCUAUUUUGUGCCUCUGACUAGUGUUGACUUUGCUGUUUGGGAACAUAUGGAUGUUACUGGACAGGCCGUGGAGGUCCAGACUGGUCUGUCUCUGCUGGAUCAGGCCCUGAGUAAUGCCAUGAAAACAGUGAGCAACUCUCCUCUGACCAGUGCACUGGAUAACAACAUCAGUAACAUCCACAGCCUCGGCCAGAUCCUGCACAGUCUUGAUUUGCAGCAGGCCAGGUCCACAGUUCUUCCAGAUGAUUCAGCUCCUGCCAGCGCACAGACGCAGGAGGUCUCCUCUCUCCCAGAACUUCUGCAGGUGCAGAGCAGUUUCCUGCGAGGGAAAGUCAGACUCCUGCUUUCAGCUGCACCGGCAUGCCAACGGCAAAACAGCUGAAGCGAGCUCAGGGAAAUGUUUACAGCAGUCACACAUACACAACGAACCCGGACAAGAACACUUAUUUGUGACAAGUUACCCAGUCUAAAAUCUUAAAGAGCUUGUGCAUUCCAGGUGUCGCUCUUCAAAUCGUCCUUUGCAUUCGAAAGCCUGCAGUCAUGUUUCUAGAGCAUGCAUCAUGCAGAGAGAGAAGCAAAACAGCAGUGAUUCCUCGACUUGUUCAACAAGGUGAACAUGGCAGAAGAUCCUGCAGAGGAACAUUUCAGAGCUCACAAGUGGACUCGAAGGCUUCUGGAUUACAGUACAUCUGAGACACUUUUAUUUAAUUAUAUUUGUAUGUUCAGUUACCUACAAAUCCAUGAAUUGUGCUGCUAUUUUAUUGUUAUGUUUUAGU